AUGGACUUUCUUCAAAAAUCUGCGAUAGUUAUUGAUUUUGCUAUGAGAACGUGGUUUUUUAGAGAUAAUCCUCAGUCUCAGUUUACUUUCUCACCAACUAUUGCAGCGUGUCAGAUUACCUUAUAUGGUCUUCGAGAAGUAACACGGGGUGAAGGGAGUCAAUUAGAACAACUAUUGACUGAACUCAUUCCUGAGACCCCUAAGGUAUUAAAUACAACGACCAUGGCUGUUCACGAUAUUGAUGUUGGAGAUAGUCCAGCUACCGAACAGAAUUUUACUCAGAAAGUAAACGCGGUCACAAAGAAAGAUGCGUAUCCUAUUCGUCACAUGUCAGAUAUAUUAGAUCAACUUCGUCACACUCAGUAUAUAACCACGUUAGAAUUGAGUCAAGCAUAUUACCAAAUUCCUCUAACAGAAAGAGCGAAGCCUAUCACUGCUUUUAUCGUUCCAGGUAGAGGUUUGUUCCAGUUUACGAGGAUGCCUUAUGGGUUGACUAAUGCUCCAGCUACCUUUCAGAGGUUAUUAGAUAAGGUUCUAGGCCCUGAGGUUCAUUCUCAUGUAUUUGUCCACUUUGAAUCAAUUGUUAAAAAAGAAUCAAACUUGGGAGUGGGGUGA